AUGGAUUUCGAAGAAAAUUUUCUCAGACGACAAAGUUCUAGUGAAUAUUUUGACACAGUAAUAGGGCAUAUCGAGGACAUCGUUAUUGGCCAGGAAUUUCAGAGCAUGGUAAACCAAUUCAUGGAGUGCUACUACUACGAAUUCGAGACGAGUGAAGAGAACAAAAUAGUCUACACAGAAAUUUAUCAGAAGUAUACCAACAUGAUCGAGGCGCACAUCGUCGAAAAUCUCAACCAAAAGAUGAGUUGUUUCGAUAUGGAUUUGUUCGCGAUGGAGCUGGAAAACAAAAAGACACAGCUUGACGGAGAAAUAUUUGAACUACUCUACACCUUGACGGAUUUUCUGGCAUUCAAAGACAUGGUGCUGGACUAUAAGGCGUUCAAGGAAGGAACCUAUGACGAUCUCAGCAAAGGAAUAAGUGUAACUGGCUUGCAAAAGUAAUCGGGUGAAAUCUGUUGUGAUGGACGAAUUGAAACGUACAACGAAGGGUUAAAGUACAUAACCUUGUUUAUUGUAAUUUUAGAAGUAUAUGAUCAAGGAGUGGUGUUCGCUUGCUCCUAAUGCAUCAGAAUUUCGGUUUGGAUAAGUCGACUGUUCGUGUCACCGGGCAUACGAUAAGGCACCAUCGCCGCCAUAUUUGU